AGCGGCGUUUAUCAAACGGAACGAUAGAAACCUCGCAUGUUGCUGCGGGACACAUUACGGAGACGUACCGUUUAGUCGUCAACACCACCAACAACUGAAGUGUCCUCCAUGCCUCUCUGAGCAGCGACAGCCAGCAGCAGUCGAGCAUGAAUGUGAACCAGGGGACGGUGGGCAGCGACCCGGUCAUUCUGGCCACGGCUGGAUACGACCACACUGUCCGGUUCUGGCAGGCCCACAGCGGGAUCUGCACCAGGACAGUCCAGCACCAGGACUCUCAAGUAAAUUCCCUUGAGGUCACACCUGACAGGAGUAUGAUUGCAUGCUGCAGGUCGUCAUUCCACUCCGCUUUGAUAGGUUAUCAGCACAUCCGCAUGUACGACCUGAACUCUAACAACCCCAACCCGGUGAUCAACUACGACGGUGUCAGCAAGAACAUCACAUCUGUGGGCUUCCACGAAGACGGACGCUGGAUGUACACGGGAGGAGAGGACUGCAUGGCUCGGAUAUGGGACCUUAGGUCAAGGAAUCUACAGUGUCAGAGGAUAUUCCAGGUCAACGCUCCAAUCAACUGUGUCUGCCUGCAUCCCAACCAGGCAGAGCUGAUCGUCGGAGACCAGAGUGGAGUGAUUCAUAUCUGGGAUUUGAAGACGGACCACAACGAGCAGCUGAUUCCUGAGCCGGAGGUCUCGAUCAACUCCGUUCACAUCGACCCAGACGCCAGUUACAUGGCGGCGGUCAACAGCUCGGGAAACUGCUACGUGUGGAACCUCGCUGGAGGCAUCGGCGAUGAGGUGACUCAGCUCAUCCCCAAGACCAAGAUCCCUGCACACAAGCGCUACUCCCUCCGAUGCAAGUUCAGCCCUGAUUCCACUCUGUUGGCCACCUGCUCAGCAGACCAGACCUGUAAGAUCUGGAGGACGUCCAAUUUCUCACUGAUGACGGAGCUGAGCAUCAAGAGCAACAAUCCCGGGGAGACGUCCAGAGGCUGGAUGUGGGACUGUGCGUUCUCUGGAGACUCCCAAUAUAUUGUCACUGCCUCCUCAGACAACCUGGCUCGUCUGUGGUGCGUGGAGACCGGGGAGAUCAAGAGGGAAUACAGCGGCCACCAGAAGGCCGUGGUGUGUCUGGCCUUUAACGACAGUGUGAUGGGCUGAGGAAGAGGAGAAGGGAGAGGGCAGACAGUCGGUGGAACAAGGACAGAAAAGCAAUGAACUCUUGAGAAGAUGUGCCUCAUUUGGGAAGAAAUGAUCAUCUUGAGAAAGUGGAGGCUUGUGUUUGAACUUUACGAUGAAUCUCAGCUGUGUUCCAAGUUAUCUGCGGUGCUUUCUCUCUGGAUUCAGCAUCGAGGCCAUUUUGCACCACGUUCAACAUGUCGUACCUCUUCUGUACCAACAGUGUAGAUAUUAGUGUGAGUCUGAUCCACAUACUCAGUGUGUUAGCGCUAAUCAGCGACUCUUUGCUUUUAACUUCAUCACUCUGCACAAGAGGAAAUCCUUCUUCCUCUUUUCAUGGUGCACCAUAUUUAUUGUUUUAAAAAGGACCACACGCCUCACGUCAACUUGUAAUUGAUUUAUUCCUCAUGUGUGAUAUGUUUAAUUCAUUUGAUCCUCUUCAAAGUUAAGUGUCGAGAGAAGAUGAUGUACAGGAAAUGACUCGUCGUUCAGAGAAGUCCUUACAAGUCUUAUUAUUUUAUUUUUUCAGUCUAAUAAAGAAAAAGUGGCCACAAA